AAUAUUAAAUUCAGUAUAACACUCUAUCGUGAUCGUAGUGAUUGAACCCAUUGAUUUCCCACAGUUAAAAUGAAGUUUCUGUGUGUUACGUCGUUUCGGUAAUAUCAACAAAAAUUCAAAUUUCUUUAGUUUUCAUUCGAUUCAAAAAUGAUAUUAAAAUGUGUUAAGUGUGGCAUUCUAAUUAUCUGUUUUUUUAUGGUAAUAACAAACUUCGCAGUGCAUAGUGCUAUUGUUACGGAAACAGCAUUUAAAGCAAAUUUGCUCAACGAUACUCGAUCGAUUUACAAUCGUUGUUCCGAUGAUGAUGACUGCACAGGAAAUAAACAAUAUUGCAAUUUUUACAUAAACCUCUGCGAAUGCCAACCAUUUUAUGAGUAUAGUUCCGAUACGAGUAAUUGCAGUCCUUGUCCUUUAGAAGGUGAACAAUGCAUGAGCUGCUGUUCUAACUCAAAUUUAAAGUGCUACCACGGUGUAUGCACUAGAUGUGCAGAUGAUUACUAUGAAUGCGGCAAUACUCCGACUGCGUUCAUGAAUGCAUCACAAAUUGCUUUGGUAGCUGCUUUAAUAAUGGGAGCUGCUGCGCUCGCUACAUUACUCUACCGAAUUUGCACAAAACCGACCUAUUUCGGUAGAUCGCGUAGACUACGUUCAGGUCACAACGCUGAAGCGUCAGAAUCCGAUUUUCAACGAGUAGCUCGAACCUCGUUAUCUUCCAUUCAAAUUCGAGUGCUUUCUCGGUUGCGUGAUAGACCGCCAAAGUAUGAAACGCAACACAAUUACGAUAUGCGUAUUCAACGACAAGAAGAAGAAAGUCAGCGGACAAACAACUCUAGUGUAAAUAUUAGUACUAUAUCAGCACUGAGUGCUGAAGAGCAUGCACCACCAUCAUACGAUGGAAGCAAAGAAUCGGUACAUGAAUCACCACCUCCGUACUCAGACACAGGACACGACGUUCUGCCCGAUAUUACGGUGGGCCAAAUGGAAAGUACUAGUCGAUCAAAUGAAAACACAACCAUUAGUAUAAUAUCGAGUGGCAGUCCGGGACGGGAUGUCAUUAGUGAAAAUCGGAGUCCCAGUGAUAAUAAAGAAGACAAAACCGUUCACAUGUAAAUUUAAAAUAAAUAAUUAAUUGAGUUGU